CUCCUCCCACGCCGGCGUGGACGCAUGCGCAGUUGCAGCCGGCAGAAGCUGCGGCAGGGGAAGACGGAAUGGAAGGAAGGGGUGGGUGAGCCUGGCAGACAAGUUCACCAUCAAGCGCAGAGCUGACGGCCCAAGAACCGCGAUGAGAAAACUGAAAUGCAGAGAAAGAACAAUUUUCAGCCCAAGAUCUCAGCUCUGAGAAGGAUGAAGCCAAGGUUUCUUCUAACUUUUAGGACAUCUGACAGCUGAGCCUACAGAAACCCCAGAGGGCCUUCAAGGGUCAGAUAUGAGUGCCCCGGAGCGGCUCGUUGUCUUCCUGGGUCUCUGACACCUCCCUGCGUCCCCCACCCGGUCUGCAGCUGCACGCCCCGCCCUCCCUCCGCGCUGGAGCCCGCGGCCCCUUUAAGGCAGGCCCCGCCCCCCGCCCGCCCGGCUCUCAGGGUCAGCCCUGGAGCGUCGGGCUGUGGCGGGUGCUUUGCCUGGGCUCCGCUUGGACCCUGGCCUGGGGCGCGAUGGCAGCGGCGGCCCUAAGGGUUGCUAGGCGGCAGCUGAGCCAGCACAGCGGGUCUGGAGCCCCCAUCCUCCUGCGGCAGAUGUUUGAGCCGAAAAGCUGCACCUAUACCUACCUACUGGGUGACAGAGAGUCCCGGGAGGCCAUUCUGAUCGACCCGGUCCUGGAGACAGCACCCCGGGAUGCCCAGUUGGUCAAGGAGCUGGGGCUGCGGCUGCUGUACGCUGUGAACACCCACUGCCACGCAGACCACAUCACAGGCUCAGGGGUGCUCCGGUCUCUACUUCCUGGCUGCCAGUCUGUCAUCUCCCGCCUUAGUGGGGCCCAAGCUGACCUGCACAUUGAGGAUGGCGAUUCUAUCCGCUUUGGACGCUUUGCCUUGGAGACCCGGGCCAGCCCUGGCCACACCCCAGGCUGUGUCACCUUUGUCCUGAACGACCUCAGUAUGGCCUUCACUGGAGAUGCCCUGCUGAUCCGUGGAUGUGGGCGGACAGACUUCCAGCAAGGCUGUGCUAAGACCUUGUACCACUCAGUCCACAAAAAGAUCUUCACACUUCCAGGCAACUGUCUGGUCUACCCUGCUCAUGAUUACCAUGGACACACAGUGUCCACCGUGGAGGAGGAGCGGACUCUGAACCCUCGGCUCACUCUCAGUUGCGAGGAGUUUGUUAAGGUCAUGGACAAUCUGAACUUGCCUAAACCACAGCAGAUAGACAUUGCUGUUCCAGCCAACAUGCGCUGCGGGGUCCAGGCGCCACCUUCCUAACCUGUUUCUGUCAGGUGCUUAUGUCCAUCAAGAAUGCACUCGGUGGAGCGAGGGGAGAGGGGUCACCACUAGACCUCUGUCCCCUCCCAUCCUACCCCCAUCAGCCCCUCAAACUUCUUAAAUAAAAAGUAUUUUUUUUCCUUUCGUCAUGAA